AUGACGAGGGAUAGCGGUCUUAGCAGCGCCAGCAGGCCGGGGCCCGCCGGUAGCGGCAGCAACGUCGUCAUGCCGCCCUCCUGGACGACUAUGGAGUUUGGUGCUCCAGGCUCUCUCCUAUACCGCCUCCUAUUCCUCGACAAGCAAUAUCGCGCCUUUUCGCCUUGGCACGAAAUUCCCCUUCACGCCGCGCUUCCCCCUUCCGCCUGCCCCUCCCCUCCGCCCGCGCACGGGGAGCCGGGCCUAUCCGCCCUGUCAUUUUUCUGCGUUACACCACGCGGAACGUGGGCAAAGUUCGAAAUUGCCCAGGAUGAGAACUUCACGCCGGUUCGAGUGGCGGAGCGGCAGCCAGGCGGGGGCCCCGCAAGAUACGCGGAAAAUUGCCAGUGGAACCUCGGCGUGCUACCACAGACUUGGGGCGAUCCGAGGGCGCCCAACGAAGAGUACGGAGGCCUGCCGUACGACGGAAAGCCAGUGCAAGUGUUCGACGUGAGCGGCUCGCGCGGCGCCGCGAGAGUCGGGGACGUGUACGUGGUGAAGCCGCUCGCCGCGUUUGCCGCCGUGAGUCGCGCGCCCGCGGUUUCGUGGAAGGUGGUGGCCGUGGCCGUUGACGACCCGCUGGCUCUGGAGCUGCAUGACGUGGCGGACGUACAUCGGAAGCUUCCAGGAACGCUCGAGGAGAUACGCGAGUGGUUGCGGUUAUCAGACUGCAUGGAACCAGGCGCCGAAGGCGUCGCGUUUGGCUUCAACGAGCGCGCGUUGGACCGCCGGCGCGUGCAGGCGCUGCUCAAGGAGUGCCACGUGGCAUGGCAGCGCAUGCACGCCACGCUCCCCAUGCCCGAGCCAUGGAUCCCGCGCUCGCGCCCGCCCAAAAUCUCCACUAUCGAAGCCUUCUGGGUGCCUUAUACCGAGCGCCAUAGCAACUCGGGGAAAGGCGCGCUCACCAUCCCCCUUUCGGACCCCAACCCGCGGAGCUACGGGGGGAGCAGUAGCGGGGGGGGCGGAAGGGGAGGGGGAGGCGCGGACGAGGAGGAAGAAGCGGGGGAAAGAGCAGGCGCGGGCGCGGGAUCGCCCAGGGUGGUACCAUCCGUUGGGGACCCGUCUCCUGUCUCUGCCUCUGCCUCUGCCCCUCCUGCCAUGCCCUCCCCUCUUUCUAUAUCCGCUCCUGCCCCCACUACCGCCCCGCCUCCUCUUGCCGUCGCUUCUGCCCCCGCUGCCCCUGUUCCCUUCCCUGCCGCCGCUGCCGCCGCUGCCGCUGCCACCGCUGCCGCUGCUGCCACCGGCGCUGCUGGUGUUGCUGCGGCUGCUGAGCCUGCCCCUGCUCCCAUACAAGCGCCCCGUCUUGCUCCUACCUCCGUUGCCAAUGCAGUGCCCGUUCCCGCUCGUUCCACCUCUGUCACUUCUGCAACCCCCCCAGCGCCACCAGCAGCCGCAGCCGCAGCCGCAGCAGCCGCAGCCGCAGCCGCAGCUGUAGCAGUGCCACCGCCACAAGUAGCAGCAACACCAGCAGCAGCAGCAGCACCAGCAGCAGCUGCACCGGCGCCUGCACGCGCGGCAGUGCUGGCGGCAGCAGCAGCCGCGGCAGCAGCCAUGGGAGCAGGAACGAUAGUGGUGGGCGGGGCUGGUACCGGAUCGUCUAGAGGAGCAACAGCAGCAGCACCAGCACAAGCAGCAGCAGCGGCAGCACAAGCAGCUGCAGAGGGAGCAGGUUCGAGAGAGCAGCUCUCUACUGCAGCGGUAGAGGAAGGGCGAGGAGGAGGGAAAGGAGGAGCGAAACCGGGGCUGGUAGCGGCGGGCGUGUCGGCAGCGUCUGCGAGGAGACGAGCAGCGCUGGUGAAGGAAAAAGCGAGGUUGGAGGAGCUGCAACAUCGGGAGGAGCAAGGCGGGGCACAGGGCGACGCAGGAGCACUGGCUGCCCCUGCUGCCGCUGCUGCCCCUGCUGCCGCUGCUGCCCCUGCUGCCGCUGCUGCUGCUGCUGCUGGUGCUGCUGCUGCUGCUGGCAGCGGCGGUUCAGGGGUUGAUGCGGCAGUGGGAGGAGCAGUGGCAGGAGUGGCAGCAGGUGAGGUGGCAGCAGUGGGCCGGGGGGUGUCUGUGGAUACAGCACGAGAGGGUGAAAAGGCUGCUGUUGCUGCCGUAGAAACAGCAGCGGCAGCAGCAGCAGCAGCAGCAGCAGCAGGCGAGGUAGCAGCAGUAACAGCAGCAGACGGCGAUGGUGCAGGUGCGAUGGGGGCCUCUGAGGUGGGAGCCGAGAGGAGGGACGGAGCGGUGAAGGGCGGGGAUGAUGGGUUGAGUGCGGUUUCUUGGGGGAAUGGCGGAGAUGGGGGGGCAGCUGCUGGGUUAGAAAGCCGAGAAGAUGAGCGGCAAGCGGCAGGAGCGGUGAAGGAGCCUUUGCUGCUGCAGAAGGAGCGGCAGCAGGCGGAGGAGGAGCAGGAGGAGAAGCAGCAGCUUUCGAAGCGGUUCAGUCCGGCGCCUCUGGAUGUGCAGGGGUACGACGAUGUGUAUGAUGCUGAAUCCAACGCUGCUGCUCACUCGCAAGAGCUACAGCAGCAACAACAGCAGGAGCAGCAGCAACCGCACGUGUACGCGCCUCCCCUCACGCCCCAGCCUCUCACACCUCUCCCUGUGUCCACAGCACCUGCGCUCCUCUCCCCCUUGCGGCAGCAGCAGCAGCAGCGGUGGCAAGCCGUGGAGCAACAGCCGCCGGAGCGAGUGAUAAUAGAGGAUCACGAGGCUGUGCUGGGUCUGGGGGAAAGGGAUGAGGAGGAGGAGGAGGACGAGGACGAGGAGGAGGAGGAGGAGAGGGAGAGGGAGGGAGAGGAGUGGGAGGAGAGGGAGGAGCAGAAGCAGGGUGGGGGGUUAGGGGGAGCGGAAUGGAGGGGUGGGGAUGAUGGUGAUGAUGGGAUGAGGGGGGAAAGGGGAGGGGAGAGCGGGGGGGAGGAGGCAAAAGGGGUGAGAGCGAAGCUUGAGAGUGAGCAAUCCGGAAGGGAAGAGGUAGGGGAUGAUGAGCGGGAGCAGGAGGAGGAGGGGGAAGGGGAGGGGAAGAGUGAGCAAAGGCAAGAGUCAGUGGCAGUGGUAGCAGGCUCUAAAACAGGGAAGGGAGGGGGAGGGGGCGGAGGAGGAGAGGGGGGAGGGAAAGGAGGCGGAGGCGGAGGUGCUGGGUCAGCGCCAUCACCAAGAGCGCUGGGGAUGGUGAUGGCUGGGCUGAAGAAGCUGGUUAGUCCGAGGCAAUCUGGUGGGUUGCAGCAGGUGAGAGAGGGGUUGGAGGAGGAAGGAGAAGGAGAAGCGGAGGAGGGAGAGGAGGACGGGGAUGAGAGUGCAGGGGGGUUGCAGGGGAUGCUGGCGGGGAGGGGUGUGUUGCUCAUGGGUCGCCGAUCAAAGCAGCAGCAGCAACAGCAGCAGCAACAGCAGCAGCAACAGCAGCAGCAACAGCAGGAGGAGGAGGAGGAGGAGGAGGAGGAGGAGGAAGGUGGGCGUUUCGAAGGGGAGAUGGGUGAUGAGGAAGGAGUGGGUGGUGGGAGGAAAGGAAGUGAAGGGGAAAGGUUGCUGGAGGUGGGACGAGAGGAGGCAGACGAGGAAGAAGAGGAAGGGGAGGAAGAGGAAGAGGAGGGGGAGGCGGAGGGGCCGGAGGAAGAGGAGGGGCAGGUGGAGGAGGAAGAGGAGGGGGAGAGAAGUGAAGUGGAGGAGGGGGAAGAGGAGGAGAGUGGCGGUUUGGUGAAUGGGGGCAGUGGGGAGGAGAGAGAAGAGUUGGGUCAAGAAAGGGAGGAAGGUGAGGAGGGGGAGGGGGAAGAGGAAGAGGAGGGGGAAGAGGUGGAAGAGGGUGAGGAAGUGGAGGAGGGUGAGGAAGUGGAGGAGGGAGAUGAGGAGCAGGAGGAGGAAGGGGAGGAGGAGGGGGAAGAGGAAGACUUGUAUUCAGAUAUGGCUGUGAGUGAGGUGGGGGUUGAGAGGGAGAGCGGGAGGAGCAGCGGAAGAAGGGAGACGGAAGGAGAGAACCGAAUAGAAGGGGCGAUUGAAGAGGGGGAGGAUGAGGAGGAGGGAGAGGAGGAGGAAGAGGAGGGAGACGAGGAGGAAGAGGAGGAAGAGGAUGGAGAGGAGGGAGUGGAGGAGGGAGAGGAGAGAGAUGAGGAUGGGGUGGUUGGGGAGGUGGUACUUGGGGAGUUGAGAGAGAGGGGUGAGUCAAGAGGGAGGGUGAGUGAGGAGGAAGUGAGGGAGAGUGAGAGGGAGAGGGAAAGGGAGAGUGAGAGGGAGAGGGAAAGGGAGAGAGAGAGGGAGAGGGAGAGAGAGAGGGAAGCAAACGCUCGAGUUCAACGUGAGAAGGAGGGUAGGGGAAGGGGCUACGAGGAGGAAGGAAGGGGAAGCAUGGAUAGGGGUAGCGGUAGAGAUGACGAGAGGGACAGAGGGAUGGGAAGAGAGAAGGCGAUGGGUGGUGAGAGGGUCAGGGACGGGGAGAGGGAAAGGGAGAGGGAGAGGGAGAUAGAAAGGGAGAGAGAUAGAGAUAGGGAGAUGGAAAGGGACAGGGGAAGGGAAGUGGAGCGUGCAAGACUGAGUGGGAGGGAAGAUGAUAGAGGGCGGGGGAGUGAUAGGGAUAGAGAUGGUGAGCGAGAGAGGGGCCGAGAGUAUGGAUCAAGGGAGUAUGGGGAGAGAGACGCUAGGGAGCGAGAACUGAGGGAGCGAGAAUUGAGGGAGCGAGAAUUGAGGGAGCGAGAAUUGAGGGAGCGAGAAUUGAGGGAGCGAGAAACGAGAGGAAUGGGUUCCAGAGAAAGGGAGUGGAAGGGCGAGAGUGAGAGGGGUCGGGAUGAGGAUAUGGAGAGGAGUAGGGAGAGGGAGAGGGAGAGGGAGAGGGAGAGGGACAGAGAGAGGGACAGGGACAGGGACAGGGAUCGAGACGUGGAGUAUGAGAGGGAGAGAGAGAGGGAACGGGAGAGGGAGAGGAAUAGAGGCAGAGAGGGGCCGUUGCAUAGUAGGGGGAGGUCUCCUGCAGGUAGGGCACCCAGACCUGAAGGCUAUGGCCCCGGGGGCGAGCGGAGAGGCGAGGAGCGGAGAGGCGAGGAGAGGAGAGGGGAUGAGAGGAGAGGGGAUGACAGGAGAGGGGAUGAGAGGAGAGGCGCAGGGGGUUAUGAUGGGGAGCGCGGGGGAAGCAGCAGUGGGUAUGAGAGGGAGUAUGGAGGAGGCAGAGGGGGAGCGGGAGGGGGAGGGGGAAGGGGAGGGGGAGGGGGAGGGGGAGGGUUCUCAUUUGAUCGAAGCAACUCAUAUGAUCCAGAAAGGGAGCCGGAGAGGGAGAGGGAAAGGGAAAGGGAGAGGGAGAGGGAGAGGGGCGGUCCUGCACAGUACGAUAGGGAGAGGGAUAGGGCUGGAGGGCCGUAUGACCGCGAUAGGGAGAGGCAGAGAGACAGAGAGAAGGAGAGGGAGAGGGAAAGGGAGAGGGAGAGGGAAAGAGGCGGUCCAGGUUCAAUGUACGAUCACCAGCCUGUCACUCCUCCUCCGCCGGCUGACCAUUCGCUGCCUCAGCAGCAGCAGCAGAGGCAGCAGCAGCCGCAUUCGGCAAACUGGGAUAGGGAGAGUGAAAGGGAUUACCGGCAUGGGCCGGGGGGAGGAGGGGGAGCAGGAGGAGGAGGAGGAGGGUACGAUGGAGGGAUAGAGUACCGUCGGACUAACACAGGUCACAGUGAGAAGGACUUUGAGACGGGCGCAGGGGCGUAUGGAGCGGCGGGAGGGUAUGGGCCUAUGGGUGCUGCUGCUGGUCCUGGCGCUGCUGGCGGUGUUGGUAUGGGAGGGAUGGGAGGGGCUGGGCCGGGGGGAGCAGCAGGAGCAGGAGGAGCAGGCAUGUAUGGGUCUGCCGCAUAUAGGAGGCGGUUUGGCAUGGAGGGCGGGGGGUAUGCGGGCGGGGAUGUGGGUGGGGAGAGGAGGCGGCCGGAGAAUUUCGAGUCGGAGGAGAUGGAGCUGCAGAAGCAGCUGUCGGGACAACGGGCAGACCGACGCCGCAUGGUAGGUGCAAAGGGUUGUUUCCGUCCGGGCCUGACCCGCUUCCCUUCCCCACUCCCUCCCACCUUCCUCCCCUCCCUCCCCCCCCCCCGUUCCCCCUCCCUCCCUCCCCGCUUCCCUCGCUCCCGCCUCUCCGUUCCUGAUGCGAUGAGGAAGCAGCAGAUGCAGGGGCAGCAGGGCAGGGCAGGAGUACCAGCAGGCUGGGCCAAACCCAAGUGGUCCGAUAAAGACGCCGCCGCAAACCCCCAUGCCGCUGCUGCUGCCGCCGCCGCCGCCGGUGGUGGUGCUGCUGCUGGCGGUGCAUUCGGCGCCUAUGCUAUGUUUGGAAACUUCGCAGGGGCUCCCCCGGGUGCUGCCGGUGCAGCAGGAGGAGCGGGUGGGCCGGCUGGUAACCCCAUGGGUGCUGGAGCGGCAGCAGGUGGUAACCCUAUGGUUCCGCCUGCGUUCAUUCCCAUGGGCCCUCUCGGCCCGAUGAUUCCUGUAGCACCUAUGGGGGGCAUGGGGAUAGGAGGCAUCCCGAGGGUGUGGCAGAGGAAGUGGGAGGAGCAGGAGGAGGAGGAGGAGGGGGAGGGGGAGGGGGAGGGGGAGGGGGAGGGGGGAGGGGGAGGGGGAGGGCAGGGAGGGAUGGAGAGGGGAGGGCCAGGCCCUCACUCGCACCACAUGUAUGGGCACCAGGAUCGGGUCGGAGGGAGCUACCAGGAGAGAGUGCACAGCCACCAGAUCCGGGAGGGAGUGAGAGAGGACUAUGGCGCGGAUGGCAGUGGCAGGCACAGGGGGGGCUAUAGCGGCAUGGCAGGCGGGGGCGGGGGAGGAGGGGGAGGCGGGUACGCACCUCAUGGGCCGAGGGAGCUUCAGAGGCGGGCAAGCGACUCACCUCACGGGCUGGCAGCUGUGGGCGUGGGAGGUGGGGGAACAGCAGCAGGGGAGGACGCACGGUCCCUGCGCAGGCAGGCAGGGGGUAACUGCGUCAGCAUUGGCACUUCUUCCACUGCUGCUGCGUAUUCCACGGCUCCCACGCUUCUCCCCCCCGGGGUGGGCCCUGGGGUUGUCCCCCUAGAGGACGGGUUUGUUGAGGGCGCGGGUGGAGGAGGGGGGUACGGGGGAGGGCGGGCGGGCAGCACGAGCAGCAGCAGCCUUGCGAGCGGGCCGAGCGGGGAGAGGGGUGGGGGUGGAGGGGGGCUGAGGACGCAGCUAAGUGGGGUGUCGUCGGUGGGGGAGGGAGAGGUGGGGGCAGAGCGGACGAUUGCCAAGGGGAGGCUGAUGCGGCAGCUGCUGGCAGCCGAGCCGGAAAGGCGAGGGGGAGUAGGCGGGAGAGGAGGGAGAGGAGGCGGAGGGGGGAGGCCGGGGAGCAGUAGCAGCUCUAGCAGUGUGCCGGCGUCUAAGUAA